AUUUAAUUUCUUUGAUAUUAAAACGAAGCGAAAAAAAGCUGUUUUGAACUAUCUUUUUUUUUUAAAUACUUUAAACACUAUUAUCAAUAAGAAGCAUAGCGAUAUGUCUCUGGUUUACAUAACUUAUCAUGAUGAAAAUAUAUUUGAUGUGGAUAAACAGGAUCUCCAAGCACAUCAUACUGCACUCAAAUAUAUUUCAAAGCAUCGUAAAAUGGUGAAAAAGGAAAAAGCAGCAAAGCACAUAAUUGAUUUGGGUGACAAUAGGAAAUUACUAACAAGUUCGGUAAAAAAUUAUCAUCAGACUAUGGGAUACGCUGAGACACCGUUACGUGCCCCUUGCAAUUUUAUGCGUAAGAAUCAAGGCGUGAAAUGGUCACGUUUGAACGAGCAUCGGUGUCCACCCAAGCGUUUCAUACCGCCGGUGCCACGUUUGCAUCAUGCCAAAGUAGCUCACGAUGAAAAAUCAAAAGAUGAACCCAAAAAGGAAAAAAAAGUCGAAAGUACGUCGUGCCCACAAGCACAAACGAAAUCCUUCAAACAUCGAGCUAAUUUCGUGGCCCUUAACAUUGAUAAGAUUAAGAAUUCAAAAAGUAAGCGGCCACCUCCACGUUAUGUUGAUACGCCAACAGGAGACCGUCAUAACCUACUAAAUGCGGGGCUGAUACCCCAGUACACGUGUUCGAAAAACUUUGGCAAGGUGCCCUGUUACAUACAUGCCCGUAAAAAAAUGCUUGAAAAGUAUAACGCCCAGUGCGCUGACGCCAAAAGCUUAGCGAAAGAUGUCUGUCUUCGCGAAAUGACUGACGUGCCAGGUUUGAAGAAAUUGGGAUCUGACGAUAGACAAGACAUAUUAGCGGGCCUGAAAAAGAAUUUCGCCGAAAUAUUUAAAUCUUAUCAGGGCUUAUCCUUGUAUACGGAUACCAUAGCGAAAAAGUUGCGUAAAGGUAAAUAUGAACGUGAGCUACGACAAUUGGAACAGGAUAUAUUCUUAAUGGAAUCUAACCCGGAAAUUUAUAUAUCGGAGUAUUAAACUAUAACAUAUUGCGUCCGUAUGAA